AUGGAGAUGGAAGGUUUGCCAACGCUUCCCAACAGUUCUUACCUUGCCGCGCCCGAGAAGCAUCGAGGUGGUCAUCGAAGGCGUCUUGGACCGCUGCGCAAGCCUGCGCCGAGCUAUCGACAUGGGACGCCUUCAGGACCAUGGCCUUUUCUCGACAUCGACGACGAGGUCGACCCCAAGCGAAUCGAAGAUCCAGACAGCCACAUCCCCAUGUCCGCCGAGCCCUGCGUGCACCACAUCAACCUCACCCAAGAGUUCUGCUGGUGCAAGUACCCGCAGUCGCUCUACCCCAACUGGACCGUCCGCCAACAGCGCAAGAGCCGGAUUUUGAAGGUGAUCAAGAGGAAGGAAAGGCAGCGGUGUAUCGUGUACUAUAUCGACGUGAGGGACGAUGGGGUUUUUGUGCCGUCUGCGCCGAGGGAGGUGGAUGAGAGUGUGAGCAAGCAGGAUGCGCAGUGGCAUGUCAUGACACACGAGCGCCCACACGACUCACGCGCCAGGGUCGUCUUUAUCGACAACCUCACCGGCCCCGCCCUCCAAAUGUUCGGCACACGCUACAACAUCGAGCCCUUCUUCUUCUCCUCCACCAUCAGCUACAUCCCCUCACGCUUCCAGUCGCACAUUAAGCCUAAAGAAGGCGACCAUGUCACGCUCACGCUCUCCUUUAUGCGCGCCACGACCAACCCGGCUACCGACUACCCCAGCCCAGGCUCGAGUUUCGCGACGGGCGUGAGCGGGAGGAGCCAGUUUGGUCUCUCGGCGAAGGAGCUCAUCAUCGAUACCCAAGCUCCUCUCCCACUGCGCUCACCGCAGAGCGACAUCAUGCUCGUUUCUGACUUUUUAGCUGUGCAUAUGGUCCGAAGGAACGAUUUAACGACGACGGCGGAGACGAUGUACGAGCGGUUUCAUCUAUGCGGUAAAUCGGUUUAUUGGAGUUCGAUUUUCAAGACGACGAAGGAUCCGACGUUUUUGUUGUUGUGUUUGUUGUGGUAUGUCCUGUAUGCUUGGGAUGAAGUGUUUGAUGCUCUAUAUGCGCAUAUAUGCUACUUGGAGGACAAAGUGAUGACCUCGAACGACCUCGAAUUCACCCAGGAACUGCACGUCAUCCGCGCCCACCUCCUACACUACGAAUCACUCAUGGAAGAAUUCAGAAAGACGGUCGAAUUCGUUCAGCGUACAGAGAACCCAGCCCUGGACAACUCGGACGUGUUUUCGGAGGAGCAUAGGGACCGGACGACGAAAUUGAUUCAUCGCGAAUGCGAGAACUUGCUUCGCGACAUCAGGAGGCUCGAGACGAGUAGGAAGAUGCAGGAUAAGAGGUUGAAGAAUGUCAUGGAUUUGAGCUUCAGUCUUGUCAACAUCGAGGAUAGUCGUCGGAUGGCCAAGUUGACGGAAGCUGCUGUGCGGGACAGUGCGGCGAUGAAGCAGAUUGCGUAUUUGACGAUGUUCUUUUUGCCGGCUGGGUUCGUUGCUACCUGCUUCGGAAUGAACAUCACCGAAAUAAACCCCAAAGAAUCCGCCCCGGGGAUGACACUCGCCAAAUACUUUGCAGUCGCUGUUCCCUUGACGGCUGUAACUGUGUGGUUGGUCGUGGCGUACCAGAUACGCAUUCCAGAUCCUAGACGGGAAGUGGAGGACUCGUAUUCGCGGGGUGGUAGGGAUGGAGGUUCCAGUGGGUUAACUUUCGCAGGAGUGUACGACGAGAAACAUACCGGCUCUCUGGGAGGUCUUACCUCAAGCUCGAAAUACCCCCCCACCCACCACCACCACGACGACGGGCGACACCGCCGGUUAGGUUUCUUUGAACGGUUGUUGUGGCCUGUGUGGUUGUUUAUGAGUGUGUUUGAGAGGCGGAGUGUGGUGUUGGAGAGGGCGAGGGUUGGGCGUGUUGGUGUUGCUGGUUUUGGUGGUGGGGGUGGGCAUGGUGUUGGUGUUGGUGUUACGGGUGUUGGUGGAGGUGGAGGUGGUGUCCGAAGCGGUGUUGGGCACCCGAGGAUUGGUGGGAUGCGGGUGUAG